UAUAGGAAGAAAAUGUGUAAUGUUACUAUUAUUAGAAAUGAUUCAUGCUAAAAAUAAAUUCGCCACGAUUUUAUAUAAAAGCUACGAAGAAGGGCAUUCCCUAUUCAGUCUGACUCAUCGAGCUAAGCAAAAACCAAGAGGAUUCCCCGAUAUUUCUUAGUCAGAGUCAUAUCUACUACAACAUAACUUUAAAACACACGUGAGGGAUAAUUUAAAUAAACGUUUAUACUGAAAUGCACAACACUGGAUCGAAAAGCGACCGGGAUUCAAAGUACACCGUUGCCGACAUUCUCUCGUCUAUGGCCAAUGGCGAAGCUGUAACUCCAACGGCAUUCUCCUCUCCAAACUUCAUAAGUGGUGUCACAACAAUAUCUACACCUACACUUACUCCAACGACAUUGGCGACUCUUGAGCAGUCAUUUAUUGACCUGGACAAAGCUUCGAAAAUGUCUCCAAAUCAGGUGACGCAAAGUGGCUUCGUGCCUCCAGUUGUGAGUGAAUUUUAUGCUGAUAACAGCAGUAACGACUCUGUAACAAGUAACGAUCCUGAAUGGACACCAGUAGGAUCAAGCAGUCCCAAGAAACCAAGGCUGAGCAGUGGCCGAACAAGUAUGAGAGUACCAAUUGUAAUACAGAAGGCACCACCAAAUAGAAACAAGGGUGGUAGAAAGCGUGCUGGGACAGAUAUUGAGUUACCACCAGCUGAAGCUGAAAAACGACGUGUUCGCAGAGAGAGGAACAAAGCAGCUGCGGCUAAAUGCCGUCAACGACGUGUAGAUGCUAUAAACACUCUGAGUGCAGAAACUGAUGACUUGGAAGAUGUUCAAGCAGAACUUGAAAAUGAAAUCCAGAAUCUCAGCCAGCAAAAAGAGCAAUUAGAGUUUAUUCUACAGGCUCAUAGGCCUAUGUGCAAGAAGCAGCGCAACAGUGUUAGUGUUAUUGUAAAAACUGAGUCUCCCCGUAAACCAGUAGCAAUCCCUGUUCCAGUGACAACCCAACAUAGACCUACAUCAUUAAACUUUGUAUCAACUGAAACAACCGCAUCAAAAUCAACUUUAGCAACUGGAGUACCUAUAGUUACGCCAUCUAGUGGCAUAGUAACAUUUUCAUUAGACUCUAUUGUAGAUGGCAGCACUGGACUUACACCAUUGUGUGGACCUCCCACGACAUGUGCCAACAUGGUAGAAAAAUCAAACUCUGGGUUAAUGACUCCAACGACUUUAAUAUCUUUAUAAGAUGUUGUAAUAAAAAUGUAUAUAUGAUUGUAGAACUGACUUAGUCUAUGAAGAGGAUUGAUAUUAAUUAGUGGAAACAACUAAUUAUCAUAUAUUUUUGUGUUGCCAUGGUAACAUUGACAAUAUGGCCAGUCUUUACACUGAUAAUGUAGUUAAGUGCACUGUACAUAAUAGCCAGAGUCAAUGGCACUAAUUCUAGAAUUUAAGCAAUUUAUUAAAUGUAUAUUUACCAACAGCACUACUGAGAAAGAUUAAACUGAAGAUUUAAACAUAAAUACCGGUUGAGUGUAAAUAUUAGCGAUGGGACAAAUGCUUUGCUAUUGUUACAUUUGUGAAAUGUAUAGUAACUGUUUUAGAUGUUUAUAUCUGUUAUUACUAGAAUUGUCAUGACAUGUACAUGUAUGCAAUCAUUGUUAAUUCAAAUCUCAAUAUGUUUACAUAGAAAGUGCAGAGUAGAAUCCUCUGAUGUUUCAUUUCUAAUGAUCUUCAGCUGUUCACUGAUCUGAAAAGCUGUGAAAUUGUUAUUCUCGCUGCUUCUGUUAGAAGUUGGUGUAUCUUUUCUUCAUAAUUCUGUUUAUAUUUUUAUAUUAUAUGUGUAAGAGAUAUUUUUACUUAAAAGUAGUGGAAAAAUAGAAUUGUUCAAAAACAACAAAAAAACAUCACAAAAAUAAAUUUUAAUACAAAAUA